AUGAUGCACCACAAAAGGGUCCACCACCUGAGCGAGGCCUCAGGGGAGGAGGCCGGCUGGGUGGAGGGCAUCACAGGGCUGACAGAGGAAAGCCCAGCUACUGGGCUGCUCACAAUGGACGACGUGUCCAGGAAGGACCGCGCCAGCGCAUUGGCAGCAAGGAGCGCUGUCGUCAAUGGGCUGGCCUCUCUGGGUCUGAGUGAGGACUUCCAGACCCGUCUGGAACAUGCAAUAGAGGUCAUGUACAGCGAGCUGGAGUAUGUUGGGGAGUCAUCACUGGAGGUGGGCACCCCUGGCCCUUGGGGAUUCGCCAUGACAGACCCAGGCAACCUUGAAGUCGCUCUGGAGCAGCUGGGGAAGGCCGCAGCUGAGAGGCAGGCAGACCUCACCAUCCUCAGGAAAAGGACACUGGAUGUGCCUGCCGAGCAGGAAGAUGAGGGCACAGUGCCCUGCCAUGUAGCAGAUGUCCUGGUGCGCUGCCGUGCGGGCACCCGAGCACCAUCGGAGGUGCGCGUGGCGAUCAUUGGUAAUGUUGACAGUGGAAAGUCCACCAUGGUCGGUGUGCUCACCCGCCACAUCCUGGACGACGGCCGCGGCCUCGCACGCUCCCGUGUGUUCAAGCACACACACGAGGAGGCCACUGGGCGGACAUCCUCCAUCGGGCAGCACAACCUGGUGCUGGACAGCAAGGGUGUGAUACUGAACGACCCGAUGUUCAAGAACACCAACUGCGCAGACUAUGUGGCCAGGGCAUCAAAGGUUCUGACUCUGGUGGACCUGGCUGGCCAUGAGCGCUACUUCAAGACCACAGCAUACGGCCUCACUGGCCACCUGCCCGACUAUGGCUGUGUGAUCAUCGGUGCCAAUGCUGGGGUGAUCGGGAUGUGCAAGGAGCACCUGGGCGUGGCCCUUGCGCUCAAGGUGCCGGUGUUCUUCGUCGUCACAAAAGUCGACAUCUGCCCGGAACACAUUCUGAAGAACACCAUGCAGAGCCUGACCACCAUCCUGAGGAAGCCUGGUGUGAAGAAGAAGCCCAUCAUUGUGCGCAGUGAGGCCGAUGUGCUGCUCUGCGCCAAGAAUAUCAUGGCUGACAGCCUGGCGCCCAUCUUUCUAACCUCAGCAGUCACUGGCGAAGGCCUGGACCUUGUGCGCAUGUUCUUUAACCUGCUGCCGCAGCGACAGCACUGGGCUGACAAGUGGAACGACGCUGUGGAGUUCAUCAUCGACGAGACUUUUGGGGUGCCAGGCGUGGGGACUGUUGUUGCAGGUACUGUUAAGCGAGGCAUAAUUGGCGUCAACUCCACUCUCCUGCUUGGACCUGACAUCGGAGAUGCAUCCUUCAAACCAACGGCCAUCAAGAGCAUACACUACAAGAGACUGACAGUCAGCCAGGUGGUUGCUGGCCAAACUGCAGCACUGGCAUUGAAGAAGGUGAAGCGUGGUCAGGUUAGGAAGGGGAUGGUGCUUGUGGGGAUGCAGCUAAAGCCAAAGGCCACCUGGGAGUUUGACGCAGACAUCGCCAUUCUCACUCAUUCCACCACCAUUCAGCCCCGCUACCAGGCCGUGAUCCAUUGCGAGAUUGUGAAGCAGUCCGCCAAGGUGGUUGCCAUGGACAGGGAGCGCCUGAGGUCAGGCGACCGCGCUGUCGUGCGCUUCCGUUUCCUACAGCGGCCUGAGUACCUGACUCCAGGCUCUCGGUUCGUUUUCAGAGAGGGGCGCACCAAGGGCAUAGGCGUCAUCAUCGGCGUGGAGGGAGACCAAUGA